CACUGAGCCCAGGGCAGACAACAACAACAAAAAUCGGACAUUGGUGUAAAUUUCCGCAAAAACGGAAUAAAAAUAGCAACGACCGCAGCGAAAACGACUGCACACAAUGCACAAAGGUGCGCCACCCUGGCAAUUCACUGCCACGGUGGAUGCCAACGCAACAGAUAAGCAGACACAGCAGCAGUCGCAGAAGGAGGAGAAAGACGUAUCCGAAAAACUGAUAAGAUUCGCCAUGUCCCCAAGUGCCGUUGUAGCAGAAGCAGCAGCAGCAUCGCCCCCAACCCAAACCCUCUGCUGGCUGCUACUGCUGCUGCUGUGCAGCCUGCCGCUGUCCCUGCCCGUGGCAGAGGCCACCCACAUAAGCGGCGACUUCCAGACGGCGGACUUUUUCCAGUUUCUCGUCAAGUUUGGCUUCAACAAGGCCGAUCUCCCCACACGACGCACUGCCUAUGGCUAUAUCUAUGGCAAUGUGACAUCUCCGGAGAACUACACGGCGCCCGUGACCCUGGUGGUGCUGGACAAGUCAACAUUUCUGGACUUUUACGGCAAUCGCAGCCAUCGGAGCCGCGAGGUUGCCUGCUCCAUGAUGUUUACGCGCCUGCAUAGCAUUGCCUACGAUGCCAAGUGCAAUCCGCAGGGCAAACGUGACUUUCUCCGGCAUGUGCCCUGUCCCAGGGGGCAGCUGUGCAGCGACGAGGAUGCGCCAGCGAAUGUGAUGCCAGGACACCAGUUUACGUACGUAAUCAACCUGGAGGCAGAGCCGCGCUUCUGGUACAUGGCCUUGGUGGCAUGCUAUCAGAAUCAGAGCACCUGCCAGUGGCACGCACACGAGAGCCUGCCGCGGCUCAGCAAUCGGAGCAGCGGGCUCCUGCACAGGCUGCACUACGACAUCCAUUUGGUGAAUGUGCAUCCGAAUAACUCGGCAGCACAUCCGCUCACCUUUCAGUACUCGUACGACCAGCAGAAUCUGCUGGAGAUGUACCUCAUCUUCCUGCUCGUCUACAUUGUGCUGCUGCCCAUGCAGAUCUAUGCGGUGCGGCGGCAGAAGCAUCCCGUCACGAAGCUCUUCACGCUGAGUCUGCUCAGCGAAUUCGUUAGCCUGGCGCUGAUCACGGCCCAUCUGAUUCACUAUGCGGCGAAUGGAGUGGGUCAGCCGCGGCUGCAGGCAGCGGGCGACGUGCUGGACAUACUCAGUCGAACGACAUUCAUGCUGAUCCUGCUGCUGCUGGCCAAGGGCUGGGCGGUGACGCGUCAGCAGAUCAGUCGCACUGGCUGGAUCAUCCUAAUGUCCAUCUGGGUGCCAUACUGUGCGUUCCAUGUGUUCCUCUACAUCUGGGAUCGGACGGAGGUGGAUAUUGUAUCGGAUAUUGAUGAAUAUCAAACCUGGCCCGGCUGGAUUGUCCUCAUUCUGCGCACCUCCUUUAUGAUGUGGUUCCUGUAUGAGCUGCGCAACACCAUGAAAUACGAGCAUUCCACCAAGAAAUUGGAUUUCCUCUUGCAUUUGGGCGCCUCCAGCUUGGUGUGGUUCAUCUACCUGCCCAUCGUGGCCAUUGUGGCCUUGCAAAUCAGCCCCAUGUGGCGCUACAAGCUGCUCCUGGGCAUCACCAACUCGGCCGACUGCCUUGCAUACUGUGUGAUGACGGGUCUGCUGUGGCCACAUCGUGCCGGACAAUAUCUCCUGCUUGCAGGCACCAAAUAUGCAGGCAUGGAUGAGCUGGAUGAGUUCAAUGAGGCGCCACAUAUUGUGCGCGAACGUGAGCUUCGCAGGAAUUCGCCACCCGAUGAUAUAUCAAUUGGCACGGGCGGUGGCAGCCGCGGCAUGGUGCUGUCCACGAGCAUACCCCACUCCCUGAAUGGCGAUGCGUGCAACGAUCUGCUCGAGGCCGAGGAUCUGGAUGCGCAACUACUCACCGAUCUGAACAAGAACAGCCACAUUGUGGCAUAGAGUGCAGGAGUGAUCGAACAGAAAACGGGUUAAUUAGUAGAUUUUUAGUAGACAAUUGUGCUAAAACACGCUACACUAGGCAUAUAUACAGACAUACUUAUAGAUGUGUACAACGAAGACAGAAAGGAAAGAAAAGUAGAGAAGUUCCCAGAAAAUGCCGCAAAGAUAAAAGUGCAAACAGAUUGCAGCAGAGAUAAAAGUGCAAACCGAUUGCAGCAAAGAUUGUUGUGUGAUUUUAUAUAGUUAUAUUAUAUAUGCUUGAAUUUAUUAUUAGUUAAUCGUUCUCUUGAACUAAGCCAACGAUUAGUUAACGCAUAGAACAACGAUACGACUACGCUUCUACGCAUCAUCUACAUCAUUAAUCAUUUCGUUGUGGUACAAGUUGCAUGGCAUAAGCUUACAUUUUUAAUGAA